AUGUCGACGCUCGACUCCUUCAUCUCAUCAUCUACUUCGCGGCCGCCUCCAGAGUGCAUUGCUACCUCACAAGAGAUACGAGACCGCGGUUCGACAUUCGUGGCAACAAUAUACCCCGCGGCCUCGCUCAAGGAAGCUCGCGCUGCCGUCGCGCACGUCAAGAACAUCGUGCAUCGUGCAAAGCCGGCCUCUCAUGAGGUGGCGGCAUGGCGUUGCAUGGUUCUGCGUCCAGGAAAGACUGGACUUGAGGGACCAGAUGACUUUGAGCUGCAGACCGGCUGCCAGGACGACGGAGAGCAGCACGGCGGCGGUAAAGUGUUGAGGGCCAUGCAGGACGAGGGUAUCCUGGACGCAGCCGUGGUCGUCAGUCGCUGGUACGGCGGUAUCAUGCUGGGACCGGAUCGCUUUGCGCACUUCGAGACCUGUGCGCGUGAGGUAUGCCGCAAGUUCAGGCUGAAGGACGAAAUAGCAGGCCUCAUUGCUACGUUAUCUACCCUUGAUGCCACCCUGGAUACCUUGCGCUCCCAGCUCGCACAGUUGACUGCAGAGUCAACCCCCUUGGAAUCCAGGAUGCCAACAGAGACCAAGGCUAGCUCGAGCCAGAAGAAGAAGCGAGACUAUUCGGAGCUACAGGAAUCAUUGGACAUCUCAAAGGCCAAGAGACUGGUUACAGCUAGGGAGAAUGAAAGCAAGGUGGUUCGGAAUGCGCUGCAGAAGAAGCGUGGACAGGCGGCAUGA